UGUCCAUCCGGCACUCCUGUCAUCCCUCCCAUCCCCCCUCCAGGCAUGCUUCUGUAAUGUAAUUGAUUGUGUUAAUAUGAUUUGAUUGGUUAGCCCCCUCAGCUUUUUAUAAUAAUAACUAAUGAUGGAAUGUGCCUGAAACUGGAGCAGAUCAUCAGGUGAUGACCGACCGGCUGUUCAGCAAAACACAUGGGGUGGUUCGACUAGGUCUGCUGUGAUGUACAAAUAAAUAAAACUGUGAUAUAUGUUCCCAGAUGUGCAGCGGAUGAAGUGUAUGGAUGUGAAUUAACAGGUAUGACGUUUAUCUUCACCAGGGACUGAUGUGGAAAUCCCGAUUAGAGACGGUCCCGUCCCACUGUGUAGGUUAAGGGAAGAUCCAGCAGCUACGGAUAAGAGGAUUUGAGAGGAAUUAAUGUCAUUCUUUUAUUACUGUAAGAAUAAAUUCCUAUUGAUUUAUGUUUGGGUGACAAAGCAGCAGCAUCGUGCUGGGACGUGCUGGAACACACACUCCAUGGAUGCUGAAUACAUGCUGUAGUACUAACUAGAUUUCAGAUUUACUGUGCUGAACAUCGGCGGAGGUCAUCAGGACUGCCGGAUUGUCUCCCUGAGCCACUUGGCUGGGGUUUGCUUGGGAUGGCCAGGACCCAGGAAUUGUCCCGCCUUGGAGAAAGAGAGCCAGAAGAAGUGUUUUAUCCUAGUAUCUGGUCAUGAAGCUGGUCCUGCUGACGCUCAGGCUGCUGUGCCUUGCUUGUUUCUGGCCCGUCGCCUUGGUCAACAACCACUACCUCAACCGGAAGAAAAAUAAAGAUAUUUAUUUAGUUGAUCACGCCAAACACAGAUUCAGAGGACGGAUUGACUACAAAUUGAAGCGAAAGGACAGCACCAAGUCCCUCCUCAUCAAAACAGAACAGCUGCUAAGAAUCGAAGACCAUGACUUUGCCAUGAGGCCUGCGUUUGGAGGAUCUGCCAUCCCUGUGGGCAUUGAUGUGCAGGUGGAGAGUAUAGACAGCAUCUCUGAAGUCAACAUGGACUUUACCAUGACCCUGUACCUGAGGCAUUACUGGAAGGAUGAACGGUUGGCUUUUCCCUCCAGUAAUAAUCUAAGCCGCACGUUUGAUGGCCGGCUGGUGAAGAAGAUCUGGAAGCCUGAUGUGUUUUUCGUCCAUUCCAAGCGCUCCUUUAUUCAUGAUACCACCAUGGAGAACAUAAUGCUAAGGGUUUACCCAGACGGCAACAUCCUUUACAGCGUCAGGAUCACAGUUACCUCCUUGUGCUCAAUGGAUUUUAGCAGAUUCCCGUUGGACACUCAGAACUGUUCCCUGGAGCUGGAGAGCUAUGCAUAUAAUGAGAAUGACCUUAUGUUGUACUGGAAAAACGGCAACGAUUCUCUGAGGACGGAUGAGAUUGCCCUCUCUCAGUUCUUCAUUGAAGAGUUCCACGUCUCACACGGUCUGGCCUUGUACAGCAGCACAGGCUGGUACAACAGACUCUACAUCAACUUCAUCCUCAGAAGACACAUAUUCUUCUUCAUGCUGCAGACCUAUUUUCCCACAAUGCUGAUGGUGGUUCUGUCCUGGGUGUCUUUUUGGAUCGACAGAAGGGCAGUGCCGGCCCGCGUCUCGCUCGGAAUCACCACAGUGUUGACCAUGUCCACCAUAAUUACUGGAGUGUCGACGUCCAUGCCUCAGGUUUCAUACGUGAAAGCGGUGGACGUUUACUUGUGGACCAGCUUCCUGUUUGUGUUUCUAACUGUCAUCGAAUAUGCAGCAGUCAAUUACUUCACCACCAAGGAGGAAAUGAAGAAACUUAAGCAAUUAAAGAUCUCAGAAUACGAUGCGUCUCAAGCCAUGGCGUUUGACGGUUGUUUCCAUGACCAGGACAUCGAGCUCAGUUCAUUCCCUCGUCUGUCUGACCUAAACGCAGACACGUGUGUUUCCUCCCGGAACUCAACAACAGCUGACCUCCCUCCUGUCCUGGGCACAAGACUCCGCCGGCGCCGCUCCAUCCGCCAGAGUGUCAACCAUAUCAUCAACAACAGUUACAAGAUAGACUCCUACUCCAGAAUAUGCUUUCCUCUGGCAUACGUUCUCUUCAAUCUCAUCUACUGGAGCAUCUAUUCUUGAGGAGGCAUCCGGAAAAAUGCAUUCAAAGAUUUGUGAUCACAAAACUCACACACAAGAGAACAUGUGUAAUAGAAAGUAUAAUAAACUAUUUAAUAAUUAUGUUAGAAUCUCAGAUUCCUAACUUUGCCUAAAAUGUACAAAUGUAAAAUAAUCAUAAAUACAUACAACUACAAAAAACAAUGAUCCAAACACAAGAAAUCACAUUAUUUUACGUUGGUUUUUAAGGAACCAACUCCUCAAAACCUACAGUACUACUCAAAACAAUGACUCUUUAUGUGUGUAGUGUACUGAAAACUAAUUUGAUUACAUUUACAGACACAUUGUCUCCAUAUUUCCUCUUUAAAUGAGGACUAUAAAACUGAGAAUGGCUACAAAAUGCAUAAAUGAAACAAAUAAACAUCAAAACAGAGAACUUGACCAGCAGUGAAAACAAUCUCAGUCUUUCUUAAAUACAUCAGACAGAUUGAUGUGAAGUGGCGUAUACUAUAUUUCAUCAAGUCCUUAAUUAUUACAAAAAAAACUGAAAGUUUGAUUAAGUGCGCUGGUAUUUUUAAGCUCAAAUGAUUAUUUUUGUUGCAGAGAAGCAGUGUUUAAUACUGUUUGCUGAAAAUAUAUGUCAGUUUAAAACUGUUGACACUGCAAAAGUGGGGUGUAAUAAACCAGUCACACUCUUGAAGAUAUUCUUACGCAGUGGCUCCCAAAGCUCCUUGCUCUUUCUGUUCAUUAUUCAUCUGUGAACAGUUACAAAUAAUAAAGUAUCUGCCAUUGAA